CGCGCUGACCCGGGAGGGCUCCGCCGUGCUUCCGGCGCCGGCCGGGGCUGCCCACGUGUGCGGAGCGGCCUGGCCUGUGCCGCCCGGUGCCCGGCUGGCGUCCCCGCCAUGGCGGCCCUGCGGGUGGAGGAGGUGCUGGCGGCAGCCGAGGAGCAGGAGGCGGAGAAGCGGCGGAGCGUAACGGUAGAGAAGGAGCUGGAACUGGAGUUCGACCUGGGCAACUUGCUGGCGCUGGACCGUAACCCGCCCGCGGCGGCGGGGCUGCGCGGGGCCGGGCCGCGGCGGGAGGCCCUGCUGCGGGCGCUGGCCCGCGACAACACGCAGCUGCUGGUGGCCCAGCUCUGGGAGCUGCCGGCCGAGCGCGCCGGCGGCGCCGGGGGACCGCUGGUGGCGCAGCUGCCCGAGCCCACCUUCCGCCUGCCGCGGGAGAAGCCGCCGCCGCGGCCGCGGCCACCGACGCGCUGGGAGCAGUUCGCGCGGCUGAAGGGCAUCCGCAAACGCAAGCGGACCUCGCUGGUGUGGGACGAGCAGGCCAAAGAGUGGCGGCGGCGCUGGGGCUACCGGCGGGCUGGCGGCGACCCGGCCCGCGCCUGGCUGGCAGAGGUGCCGGAGGGAGCCGACCCGGAGGAGGACCAGUUCGCCAGGCUGCGGCGGGAGAAGCGGGAGCGGGUGGCACGCAACGAGCUCAACCGUCUGCGCAACCUGGCCCGCGCCCACCGGGCCGGGACCGCCGUCCCUGCCGCCCCCCUCCACCCCACGGGCCACCAGAGCCGAGAGGAGCUGGGUCACGUUGCCCGCGUCGCCCGCGUUUCCACCGCGUCCCUCGGCCGCUUCCAGCCGCGGCUGCCCAAGGAGUCGGCGGAGCCACCGUCCCGCAGCAGCGGCAAGAAACGUCGCUUCGAGCCGCUGCUGGGUAACCUGGCGGCCGAGCGCAGCCGGCAGCUGGAGCUGCUGCGGGACAUGGGCAGCAAGAAGCCGGUGCUGGAUAUCACCCGCGCCGUCAACAAGCAGCUGCGGCAGGAGGAGGCCGAGGCAGCCGCCAACAAGGGCAAGAAGCAGUCGCGGCGGGGCAAGCGCGGCCGCCGGCAGCAGCGGGUUGGCCGCAGCGGCAAGAAGAGUGGAGCCAGGCGGCAGCAGCAGCGGCCUGCGGCCAGCAGCAGCGGUGGCAAGAGAAAGAAGGCAUAAAGGACAGAGGGACUGCCGGCAGCGCGGGGCUGGGGAUGCCCACCGAGGCGUGGGAAGGGACUGGCGCUGCAGCCUCCUGCCCGGUGCUCCGUUCCCGCAGCUAUCUGUCAAUAAAAACGCUCCAGCCUUUCUUAAGCGCUCUGCCUUUGGCUCUUGGCUGCCAGCCCAGGAGGGCUGUGUGCUCUGCCCCAGGGUUGCUGGUGGGGUAUAGAGGGGUCAGGACCUCUAGUUUCGCAGGGGCAGACCGGGGACGUUGCUGAGCACAGCCGUCCCUUGCUCGGGCAGGUGUGAGCUGCGUUUCGCUGGAGUGAGAACCUGCUCAGCUGCAGCCUAGGGCCGCGGCUGCUGCCGUCUGCGCCGGGCGGUGGAGCUCUUGCUCUGUCCCUCAGUUUCUGGUGCUCGGCGCUGCCGUGUUUGAGCUCGGUUAUAAAAGCAGCAGCAGAAGUGGCUGCGUUUCAUUGCAGGGCUUCAGGAGCUGCACGGCUUUCUUAGAGGGUUCUGCUGAUGGAAGAAAAAAGUAAUCAGAGCUGGUGGCCAGCCCUUGAAUUCAGAAACUAGCGUUGGUGUUGACCAGCAGGUGCGAACCUCCUUUUCUGCCUGCAUCAAGAGUAAGCCAGCAUUUGAUGGAAACAGUUUCACACUGGUUUUGUUUACCAAGCAGUUCGAGUGCAGGUACUGGAAAUGGUCUCAGACUUCUGCUUGUUUGAACUCUCUGGUGCCUUCUGUACACUUGAAAUAAAAAGUGCCAUUUGCUGUC